GUCUAACCCUGUUUUGCGUUUAGUGAAUGUGAGUGACUACAGUACAGUAUGAGUGACAACGUGAGCACUAGAAAAGUGAAAACUUUGAAUAUAGGGGACAAGUUGAAGAUAAUAAAGUUAGUGGGUGAAGGGAAGAGGAAAAAGAAAGACAUUGCCGUAGACUUCAACAUUCCUUGCAGCACGCUGUCAACGAUCUUGAAAAACAAAGAAGAAAUUCAACAAAGGGCUAUCGAAGGUAACUUAAAAUGUAAAAGGAAAAGAAAUGCUGAAUUUAAAGAUGUAGAAGAGUGCAUGAUUAAAUGGUUUAAACAGUGCAGAGAAAAAAAUAUUACUCUAGGCGGCCCAUUGAUAAGAGAAAAAGCUGAGCACUUUGCUAGAUCUUUGGGCCACAUAGAGUUUAAAGCCAGCAAUGGGUGGCUUGAAAAUUUUAAAAAAAGGCACAACAUUUUUUUUAAGAAAGUUUGUGGAGAAAGUGGAGCUGUAGACGAUGACGUAGUAGUUGAUUGGAAGGCUUCAUUACCAGAUCUCAUUAAAGAUUAUGACCCCAAAAACGUAUUCAAUGCUGACGAAACUGCUCUGUUCUUUAAGUGUCUCCCUGAUAAGACUUACGAGAUUAAAGAGAAAAAAUGUCACGGGGGCAAACACAGCAAAGAACGAAUUACUCUUUUGCUUGCGUCAAACAUGACAGGCACGAAUAUGUUAAAACCUCUAGUGAUAGGGAAAUCAAAAAAACCUCGAUGCUUUGCUGGAGUAAAGUCAUUAACUGUUGACUACACAGCAAAUAGGAAAGCAUGGAUGAAUGCGGAGAUGUUUGCAGAUUGGUUACUUAAGUUAGAUAAGCAAAUGGGCAAAGGGAAGCGAAACAUUAUUUUAUUUAUUGACAACUGCAGUGCUCACAACACUAUUCCUGAGCUCAAAUGGGUAAAGGUCCAGUUUUUACCAGCAAAUACGACAUCAAAAUUACAACCUCUGGAUCAGGGCAUUAUUAAGAAUUUUAAAGUUCUUUACAGAACUGAAGUUGUAAGAAGAUUUGUGGCUGAUAUUGAAGACGGAAAGGAGUGUUCAAUCAACCUGUUACAAGCCAUGCGGUUGAUUGACAAGUGCUAGAAAAGUGUAACAAAACAAACUGUUUUCAAUUGUUUUAAGUCGUGCAGGUUUGCAAUAGAUAGGGACCAAGAUGUUCCAAGUGACAAUGACCAUGAACUAGAACCGAGACUUCCCAACGCUGAAGCUGAGUGGACCGUGAUAAAUAACG